UGGGAAUCAUUUUUAACAAUCAAUUUAAUUUCUAUUUAAUUUUAACUUUUUAAUCAUCUUCCAACUACACUGGUGGCUCUUAAUUACUAACGUAAACUCUUGCAACUAUUAAAUUAUUCAUUCAACUAUUGAUUCAAUUUCUUUCCUUCUCCCAAUUGAUCCUUUGGUUUCAUCUACUAAUUUUUUUUUUAGAAAAUUUUGUUUCUAUUUUUUGUUUCUCUUUGGUUGAUAUUUUGUUCCAUGUUAUUAUUUGGUUAAUUUUAUUUAAUGUUCCUGAAAAGAUGAAGACUCUAAAAGGUAAUACUAAUUCACUUAAUGGUGAAACAUUAAGGUUAAUUGUUGGAAAGAGUAACAACCAGCAAAAAAAAAAAAGCUUAAAUGGUUCCUUGAUGUUUUCUCUGGUUCCAUGUUCGUGUUGUCCGGUCAAACGUUUCUCCUUCUUUGUCAAACCAUUUCUAUGUUAUUUCUUUUCUUUUCUCUAUCACAUCAAAUGAGGAAGAAAAUUUUAAUAACUUGGUAAACACUAUCUGGAUAUUGGACUUGAAAAGUGAAACGAAAAACAAGUCAAAAGUUACUUUGUAAUAACUCAAUUUCUAUAUGGAUCUUGGAUGUUAUUCUUAUGCUGAUGAUAAUCAAAAGUGAAACCUUUUUGUUACCUUAUAUUUUUUUUUCGUGCUAAAUGUCAACUUUAGUUAUUUACUCUCUGAUUUACAUAUUUUAGUAUGUGUAUAUGAGAAUCUAUAUAAUAACACUGGUAAAGAAAAGGGAAUAUAAAAUUUAUUCCAAUUUAUUUGAAACGUUUCCUGAUUCCGUUAACAUGGAUUUCAUAUUCUGAUUUUCAGAUUUGUGUUGAAAAACAAAACAAUUUUAAACAUGAUGAUGAAACAAUCAACUAAUCAUAAUGAUAUAAACAUAACAAUCAUUAUUAUUAAAUCAUUUCAACUCACACACACACACACACAGGUAAUGUUACCAUUAACCAGGAUCAACCCAAGAAUCAAAUGAGGAAAGAAACAAAAGUUUCAUCUUAAACCAGAAUUGGAAAUGAUUACAAUUAUAUUCCAGGAAUAAUAACAAUAAUCUAAUAAUUGUAAUUAUGUUGACGAUGAGAAAUCAAAUGAAAUGAUGAUAAUCAAAGUAAUUUAAAACCUCAGGUAACAAAUUAAAGGUGUGACCCUUUUAUAAGAGACCAGUAAAAUUAACCAACUAAACAUUAGCAAUGAAAAUGAAAUGUAAAUCAAUACAGUUAAUACAACAAUCAGUUGAUUGGAAGGGACAAACAAAAACCGCAAAAUUGUAAACAAUUAACUAGUAAAUUACCAAUUGAUUGGAUUAGUUAAAUUGAGAGACAGUUACAACUAAUCCUAGAAAGUUAAUCAAUUGUUAGAUGCUAAAUGUGACAUGAAACAAAAAAAACGGUGAACAUGUUACCUGGACAAUUGAAAUUAAUAUGAGUAACAAUUAACUCUCACACUGACUCAACCUAAUUUUCAAUGUGUUCGUAACAAUUUAUAUAUAAAAAGGAAAAAGCAAUCAAAUUAAAUUGUAACAAUCAAAGCUCAUGCUCAUGAACUUUGAUGGGUAAAAAUAAAAGUAAAGGUGAAUAACAAUUUAUCAUCACAAUUUACAAUCGAUAAUAUAAACUCCAAGAUGAACCAGCCCGGUCAUCUAUGAGUUUCCUUUAUUUAGACUCACCUUUACCUUUUAUCAUCCUUCAUGAUAAUCAUCAUCAUCAUUAUCAUGAUGAUAAACUGGACAUGACAAGAGAGAGAGAGAGAGAGAGAGAGAGAGAGCAUCUUUUCACAAUUUUCCAAUCACUUUGCGAAAAUUAUCCAAUCAUCAGUUGCGAUUAUCAUAAGAUAACGAUUACCUGAUAAUUGAUGAUCAAUUUUAAUCAUGAAAGAAUUGAAUUGAAGCUAAAUAAUCAGGGAGAAAAACUGACUUCCACCUCAUCCUACUAUUCAUCAUUUCCGUUUCCUUUUUUUUCUUUCCUUUUCCUUGAUUGUUUUUUUUCAUCCUCUAAUUUCUUGUUAACUAUUAAAUACUAAACCAGUUGUAUUGUAAUAGUAAAAAUAACCUCGAAAGUUUAAUUGUUCAAAUUGUUAUAUAAUAGAAAAGGUUGAUUAGUUUUUUUUCUGGAAGAAAAUUUUUUUUUUCUUCUCUCCCAAAUCGAAACAAGUCCAAAGAAAAAACAAUUUACUCUCAUGUUUGUUUGCUUUAAUUGUUGUAUCAACAUAAUCAUCUUCAUUUGAUUGUUUGUCGAUUAUCAACUUUAAUUUGAUUUGAUUUUACGGUUACAAUUAAUUGUAGAUCGUUAAUUGUGUUAAUACCUUUUCUUUGGUUCUUUCUCAAUGUUUACGUUUUCUUCCUAUGGCUUUUUAUUGAGUUCGAAAGAAGAAAAAAAAACAGUUACUUCUCUCUCUUGCAACUCUUUUUCUUCAUUGCGAUUUAUCUUCUUCUAUCAUCAUCAUCAUCUUCAUUGACUGUCUCCAUUUCUCUUUCUUUAUCAUCAUUCGCAACCUUCUGUCUAUCUCUCUGUCGACAAUAUCUACUUUUUUUACUCUCUGUUAUUUUCCUAUUGAGUUGAGUUUCUAUUUCAUCUCAACCCAUACAAAGAAGUGCAAGUUAACUUGUUACUUUGUUUUCCUUUCUUUUUCUCUUUCAUCUUCUCACCUUAUCAUCCUCUUAUCAUCAUUAUCUUCAUUAUAUUCUCACUAUUGUAUAUCAUCAUCUCUAUCAUCUUUUAUCAUCUUUCUCUCUCUCUCUCCCUGUGUCUUUCUCAGUCUCUCCUCUGAUCUUUUUACUUUACUGUUGAAACUUUUAUCAUCAUGUUAACAUUAACAAUUAUCUCUGUUUAUAAAUUAUUAUUACUUUUAAUUAACUACGAACACAAUUAAUAUCCAAUUUUUUAAUAAUCCAAUAAGUGAUUCAUGAUUGGUAAUGUUAAUCAAUGAGAUUAUCAAAUAUAUUUUACUGGGAGUUUUUUUUAUCAAUUGAUUAUCAAGGCGGUCUCACUAGUCGGAGUAAGUUGAUGUUAUUGUUAUUGAAGAAAGUGUUUAUUACUUUACCAUUGGAAUAUCAUCAUCAUCAUCAUCUUCCUUAUCUUCCUCAUCCAAUCAAUGAGAACCCGAUUCACCAAAAUGGUUCCUCUUCUGGAGCGAUCACCUCGUGAACUAUCAGCCACCAAACUCGAAGAUGAUGUUGCUCAAGUUUCCAAGCCCGUUGGAAGUAAAUUAAAGUCAACAUCAUCGUCAUCCGAAGUGACUGUUGGUGAGGGUGAAGAAUCAACUGGACUGUCCAGUAUUGGUGAUAAACGAAAGAGUGAAGAUGAUAAAUUUGAUUUAAAUUCUAGUGAAACAAAUCUGGAUAAAGGUAGUACCUCUCAGGGAGAUUAUUCAAUCCAUGUUGAUAAUAUUAAGAAUAGAAAUGUUUCCAUUGGGAUGAUCGAUGCUCUGGUAACUGGAUCAUCUUUAACUGCAUCUUCAUCGUCUCCACCUCAAUUUGCUCAUACACACUCUUCAUCUUGUCCACCCUCGCGACAACCCUCUUCCCUACAAUCACAAUCGUCUAAUGGUGAUAUUGUUAUCGGUUUUGUUAAUAGUGGUUCUAGACGAGGGGGAAUGUUACUUAAUCGUCAGUAUGCCAUUGAUGUACCUUUACCUGGUCAUCAACUAAGCUCAGGAAGUGGAUCUAAAGAUAUUUCCGGUCAAGUGAAUGGUUCCAAUCAAAGGAAAACAACACCAACAAUCAUUUUCUCACCAGAUAAUUCACUUGAAUCAAAUGGUUGUACCACCGGAGGUGGAGGCGGUGGUAAAAGUGGAAUUAGUCCCGGUGGUCGGACCAAUUCGGCUCCUGGUUUACAACAACGAGUUCGACACGAACAAUGGUCCAAUCAGGCUAAUCAACAUUCUAGUUAUAAUAGUUCACUUCGUUCUAAUGGUGAUCUAGCCAAUCAGUCAACUAAAUCACGAUCAAGACGAAGUUCACUUCAUGAAAUUAAGGAAAUUGCCAAACGAAAGUUCAGCAUUUUACCUCAUGUGUUGUCAUUAAACUCGGAUGUUGUUCCUGAAUAUAAGUAUGAAGAACCAGGAUUCCAAGGUGAUGAUAUGAUUAAAUCGUUGACCGCUGCGAGGAAAGGAGCGAAUCGAGGUAUUCUUAAGUGGACAAUUUUACAUUAUUCGCCUUUUAAAGCCAUUUGGGAUUGGAUUAUUUUGAUACUUGUUAUUUAUACUGCGAUAUUUACCCCAUACUAUGCAGCUUUUUUACUACAAUCAAAUACACGAAUAGUUACCAAUAUAAACGAUCCAAAUGUACCAAGACAAGAUCAAUCGUUUUCUCUUGUCGAAGCCAAAGACCUUGCAACCUCCCGUUAUGAUCUACUUUUCAUCAUCGAUAUUGUCGUUGAUAUUAUGUUCAUUAUCGAUAUUUUGAUAAAUUUUCGUACCACUUAUAUUAAUCAGUGUGACGAGGUAAUAAUUGUUGUUACAAAUCCAAAUAAAAUUGCGACUCAUUAUUUACGAGGUUGGUUCAUUAUCGAUCUGGUUGCCGCUCUUCCGUUUGACCUUAUUUUCAUCGAAGCUGAUAUUGAUGAUGCAACAACGUUAAUUGGUCUUCUCAAAACUGCUCGAUUACUUCGGUUGGUUCGAGUGGCUCGAAAAAUUGACCGUUACUCUGAGUACGGAGCCGCUGUGUUACUAUUACUUGUUGCUGCCUUUGCCCUUGUAGCUCAUUGGUUAGCAUGUAUUUGGUAUGCAAUAGGAAAUGCUGAGAGACUGAAAGAUUAUAAUUACCGUUAUAAAAUUGGCUGGUUAUAUGUACUUGCCAAUGAUACUUAUCAUUUUUAUGAACAUGAUGGAACCGGUGGACCUUCAAUAAGAACCAAAUAUAUUACUGCCCUUUACUUUACUUUCUCAUCAUUAACCUCGGUGGGUUUUGGUAAUGUUGCACCGACCACUGAUAUGGAAAAGGUUUUCUCGGUCAUCACAAUGCUGGUCGGUUCCCUUAUGUACGCCUCCAUCUUUGGUAAUGUCUCAGCGAUAAUACAACGUCUCUACUCUGGUACCGCUCGUUAUCAUACCCAAUUGUUGCGAGUUCGUGAGUUUAUCCGUUUUCAUCAAGUGCCCAAUCCAUUGAGACAACGAUUAGAAGAGUAUUUUCAACAUGCCUGGAGUUAUACUAAUGGAAUUGAUAUGAAUAUGGUUCUUAAAGGAUUCCCUGAGUGUCUUCAAGCUGAUAUUUGCCUUCAUUUAAAUCGUAAUCUCCUCAAUAAUUCAGCAGCAUUUAAAGGUUUCUCCGAUUUUCAUCUAGAUGCAUCACCUGGUUGUCUUCGUGCUUUAUCAAUGAAAUUCAAGACAACCCAUGCACCUCCUGGAGAUACACUUGUCCACAAAGGAGAUGUACUAGUGGCCUUAUAUUUUAUCGCUCGAGGUACCAUAGAGAUUUUAAAUGAAGAUACUGUUGUUGCCAUUCUUAGUAAAGAUGAUGUUUUCGGUGAGAAUCCAUUACGUUAUCCAACAAUUGGUAAAUCAUCAUGUAACGUUCGUGCAUUAACCUACUGUGAUCUCCAUAAAAUAUCCCGUGAAGAUUUACUCCAAGUUUUUGAAAUGUAUCCUGAGUUCAUUGAAAAUUUCAACGGUAACCUGAAGGUCACCUUUAAUUUAAGAGAUGAGAGUCAAAAAGGUGUACCCGCUCGUCGUAAGCGAUCACAUAAGUGUCUAACUUCCCGAAGUUUGGCCUCACCUCCAUCAGAGGAAGAGCAAGAAGAGAUUGGUAAUAAUAAUUUAGAGGCCAAAGCUGAACCUCGGAGUUAUUAUGGACCUUUCGUCGCUUCUUCUCUAGAAAAUGAAGACGAUGAUCCUGAUCCAUUGUUGGUCUAUUAUAAUAAUAUUCGUAGACGGAAUUCUGGAGCGGGAAUACUUGAAUUCUCACCAGCAAAAGCAGGUCGAGAUGUAACUCCAGCUAAUUAUGAUUUUCGAGAGGCUCGAAAAAAGCGUAAAAAAAGUGUCACCAAUCACUCACUUGCAGGUGCCUUGUCCAGUGUUAAUAAUCUCGCCUUUACAACGGCUCAUCAUCAUAAUCAAUCUUCAUCUCCUUAUUCAGAUGAAUCAAAAAGCCCAUCGAGCAAGGACCCUCAGGGUAGACUUGUUUGUCCGCCAACAGCUGAUAACAGUAUCGAUAAUGAUUAUCUAAGGAUAAAUCAAAAUCAACAAGAGAAACUUGUACAAAAAGUUAAUCAACUUGCAAUAAAAUUGAAUGACAUGGAGAAAAAUGUAUCUGAUAAACUUGAAAAUGUUCAAUCGUUACUGCGAAGUUUAGUUCGAGACCAUGAUGAGAAUGGUGAUAAAGGUGAAACCAUCUCGAUUCCAAUUGAAUCGAGUCAAUGUGUACCACUCAGUCGAACCUGUUCCUAUUCUAGUAGCCUGCAAACUCGAAGUCAUCCAACUAUCAGGCCAAAACUGCGUCCAACUCGUAGUCUAAUUGAAACCUUGGAAUCGACAGAUAAAUCAAUCGAAAUGUCGGAUACUUCACCUUACGAUUAUGAAGAAUUGAGAGCCUCCCUUCAGGUGGACGAAGAUGAUGUGUCAUCAUUAUCUCUUCAUGAGGGUCAUUCAGCCCUCGAUCAAAAUCCAAGAGAUGAAAGUUUCUGCUGAUUUAUCUCUCUCUCUCCCCGAAUCAUUUCGAUGACACACCCUUCUCAGAAUAGAAAUAAAAAGAAAGUUCGAAAAGUUCGAGAGAGAGAAAAAAAUUGAAACCAUGAAUCGAGAAUAGAAAAUGUAAAUUUGGAAACAAAGAGAUGAAAAGAUGACCAUUUACAAUUUGAUUGUGUCCACUUAGUUUCCUUCUUGGGUGGACAAAUUUAAUUGUGAUUAACAAUCAAUAUCCACGAGGUUGGCUAAUCAAAACUCAAUUAGAAUCGUUUUGAUUUUUCUCUCUCUCUCUUUCCAACUAAUCCAAUUUGUUAAUAAUUUAAAGACUUAAAUCAUUUUGUUUUCCAAUUUAAAAAUCUCAACAGAAACAUUUCUCAUGGAUUAUGAUCUUAAUUAAAUCCACUGAUUAAUCAAAUCACAUGAUGAUUAACAUAAAUCAUUUAGUGUCCUCCAUUUAAACGAUGUAAACAAAGAAACAUGAUUAACUUUUUUGAUUAAUUUGCCAAAAAAAUGUUAUUAAAAUCUAAUUGAAUUUGAUUUCUAUUAUCACGAAAAAGUAAAUCAAAUCAAAUUCAACAAUUAACAUCAAUGGAAAAACAAUUGUCACAAUUAAUUACGCUCAAGAAAAUGCAAGAAUAAACAAUUCAAAUCAAUUAACUAAUCAUCAAGAUUCAAGAUGAUGAUUAAAACUUUUCAAUCCUUAAUUAUGGGAACACUAAAUUCAAUUUCUAAUCAAUUAAUUAUGCUCAAUUUUUAAUCAUACUCAUUAUGUAUCAUAUGUUAUAUCCAAUAAUUAACUUUAAUUGUUAACCUUUUACCAUCAAACGGACCAAAUGUUAAUCUAAAUCACCAUUCAAUGAUUAAUCUACUUUAAUCAUUUCCAAUAUUGUAAAUUGUUAAUCUCUCAAUGAUUUAGUUUAAAUUGAGCAAUUUAAAAAUAAAGUGAUUCCAUUAAUAGACUUGAAAGGAAUCAAUUAAUUGGUGAGAAGUGCCUAUUCCUUGACAAUGAUUUAUUGAUUAUCCUUUAAUUGUCAACAAGAAAGAUUGA